AUGGGUUCCUUUGUAUUUAGAUGGCCGCACCCCAACGCCAACGACGUUCAUGUCACUGGCACGUUCGAUGACUGGUCCAAAAGCGAGCAACUAAAUAAAGUUGGCGAAAUCUGGGAGAAGGAGGUUACGUUGUCGGAAGCAGACAAGAAAAUACUCUACAAGUUCGUGGUUGAUGACGUCUGGACCAUCGAUACCACCGCACCCCAAGAGGAUGAUGGCCAUGGUAACCUCAACAAUGUUCUUCAUCCCGACCAGAUCAAGACCAAGGCAGCUGUUGUUCCUGAAGCUGUAACUACCUCUAGCGCCGCACCCACCAGCACAACCGCCGCACUUGCCGGAGGGGUUCCGUUGGAAUCGAGGAAAGAGGCAUCAGAAGUUACUCCAGCCAGCGAAUCUGCUCUUACCAAAGAGACUAGUGGAAGUAGCCCGCCAGGAGCUUUCCCGGAGACACCUAUGAAGGAGCCAGACUCGUUCGGCGUCAGCCCUCUCCCAGCAACCAGCGGAGACUCUAACCCAGUCAACGUGCCCGCCGGCGAGAAGCUCCCACCUCAAUCAGAUGUGACUGCGAACACACUCCAGUCGAGUGUGACAACGUCUAAAGAGGAUUACGAGAAGGCAGGACAAGAGCCAGAAUCGUUUAGCGUGAACCCUAUUCCCGCAUCAGUCGGUGCAGGAAAUCCUGUCGAUGUGCCAGCAGGAGAGAAGCUUCCUGAAGCAGGACAAGUCACUUCCAACACGAUUGACUCCACGGCCACCACGUCCAAAGAAGACUACGAAAAGGCAGGCUCAAGCGUCCCUUUCCUUGGAGGUGCGCUUGCUGCGGUAGGACUCGGAACAGCAGGAGAGGCAGCUUUGUCGUCCAAAAAGGAAGAGAAUUUGAUCCCCGAAUCAUCUCUUCCCAUGGGCGCCGACGCAGGCAAGACUCUUGACGCAGGCCCAACCAUCACUUCAGCUGCACCAAUUUCUACCACCGCCGAGCUAGCUGGAAAGGUACCAUUGGAAGAACGAAAGGAAGCCAUUGUCGAUGAUGUACGAGCCACCACUGAGACCGUGCCCGAAGUUGUCAAGGAGUCGAUUGCCGAGGCGCAUGUGUCUCCUGAGGCGACGACAUCAGCAGAAGCAGUAAAGGAGAAAUCCGAGGUUGAACAAGAACUCCUGAAGAAGAUCCCAAGUACCGAUGGGGCUAGUGAGCCAGCACCGACCAUUGCUGCUGCCACGUCAGAAACCGCACCCGCUGCGACUGCUGCGACUCCCAGCUCACCAAGUGGUCCAGCAGGGACACUAGGCACCAAUUCUAGCGCAGCAGCAGCCGUUGCCGAUGGUACAGAUGCGGCGGAAGCCCCUACGUCGUUGCCGCACACAACGGCACCAGCCGAGAAGACGGAGGGUGACAACACUGAAUAUGCUCCUCCACAUGCAUCGGGAUCUGCCCCGGGCGUGUCUCCAGCGGCGGCAGCCGCCUUGUCGGACGGCACUGAAGAUCCUACCCUCCUUGAUGAGCCUGCGGUCCAAUACUUGAAGCAAAAUGAGGCCGCCGCCGACGCCACCGUACCGGAAACCAAGGUAGGCGAGGCAGCGGCUGCUCCAAGCACGACUGAGACACCCAAGGAUGCGGCGAAAACGGAAACACCUGCUGCAGUGGCUGCUGCUCCCGAGACGAAGAAGGAGACUCCAGCGGCGGCAUCCAGUGCCACGGAGACACCGAAGAAAGCAGCCGCUACGACUCCCACCACCAGCCCUGCAACAGGGUCAGCAAGCAAGGAAAAGAAGAAGAAACACCGCAUCAGCUCAUUGUUCAAGAAAAUCUUUGAUUAA